CUGUAUUUUUUUCUAAAUUGCAGUUUAAACUGUUUUUUUUUUUCAAAAAAAACACGUGUUUCGUAAUCAACUAGGUAAACCAUUUUUGUAAAAUCAUCAUGAUUAGCACACAUGGGAGCCAAGUUCACCAAGAUGCGGACUCGUUCUUCCGUGACCCCGCGCAGCAACGCUCGCAGAUCGUGUACGCCAAGCAGACCCGCGAGCGACAAGUCUUUAUGGAAGACCUCAGAGAAUAUCGACGGCAGCUUGAAAAACAGGCCAUGAAGACAAUGAGAAAACUAGUCGGCCCGCGCUGGUACCAAGUACUCAGUGUACCGCAAAGAGACGCACUCGAUAGGUUAGCGUCAUCAGUUUACCAGGAUUUACUUGAAGGACGGCCCACUAGGACAUCCCGCAUAAUCCAUAGACUCGGUGUCUUUCCUCCCCCAAAACCCAUGGACUUGAUGAUUGCGAACUUCCACGGAAGCGAUGACCCGAAAAAAAUGUUGGCGCAUUUAUUUUUCCUGCUCUACGGCCACUCGAUCGAGGGAAAGCGGAAUUGUUACUGUUUUAAUGCCAAGCUCAUUUUAUCGGCUAUAUAUUAUUUGGGUUUAAAAAAUUUGAUCGAAUUGUUGCGAGAAAAAUUUAAACCAGAUCAAGAUGUGCCACCAACGCCACCAAAGCCAAAGUCUAAACGCCAACCGCCCGUUCCGUCUCCGUAUCUGGAGAGAUCCAUAAUACCGGUGUGGUAUCCUGCUAGCCCCAAAAAGUUUACACCUCCUCCCCUGCCUAACUUAGACGAGCUCAACGAACCUUAUGUGGACAACGACGAAUACAGAAUUCGAGUAAAGCCACCGCCGCCUCCACCUCCACCGCCUCCCCCAAAACGCAUUCCACGAGCAAUUUGUGACAAAUUGGCAGGCGUGUUUAAUAUCGCGCCGAGUCAGGUGACCACUGUCACGAUGAAGACUACGAUGAGUCAACGAAAGCAUCAGAAUCAUAAUAUGACACUUGAAGUUAAAAAGAAAACUUAUGGAAUAUGCAUAACGCGACCGGAACGCAAAAGUUGCCGUCGCAAGCUUAAACCUCCCACGACUGGCGUAAACAACGCUCAGUACUUGAUACAAGGAGUGUAUACAGUUGGCCGGCGGACAGUAUUCGUGCUUGGUAGCGUUUCUAUACUGCCCGCAGAGGGCGACCUUAUACACGGUGGGUUCGCGCAGUGUCCUACCGGCUACAUGAACAUACACCUCGGAUUCCGUGGCUACCCGGCACCACCUCCACCUGAUCCAUGCGACUGCAACAAGAAAUGGCAAGACAAAAUACUAAAAUACGUCAAAGAAAGCAAAUGCUACUGCGGUCACAACUACGACUACAGCAACGAGGGCACUUUCCCAUCGGACGAGCUUCCUCAUUUCCAAAAGCCGACGGCGGGCGCACCGUAUCAAUUUAACUACCACACAAUAUUUGACAUAGAUGAAAAGCAGCUGUUAAUCAAAAAAGAAGUGAAAAAGAUUCUGGAGGGGGAUAGCGUGAUAGGGUCAAAGAAGGAUCUAGUUGUCAAAAAGAAAGAAAAAGAAAAGAAGAGGUCAUCUAAGACAUGUUUGGGGCAGAAUCCGAAGCCCUCGCAGUAUCUAAAGUGCGCGCUGCGAGUGCUGCGAGGCGUGAACGUGGCGGCGCGGCUGCCUGACGUGCACCUAGCGCCCGAGCUGGUGGAAUGGAUGCGGCGCCGCAUCGCCGGCCCGCUGGGCCCCGCCCAGCGCCAGGCCUACCUGCGCCAGACCCGCGAACUGCAGACCAUGCUCGACAGCAUCACGCCCAGGAUUUACGGGCCCCUCUUAACAAAGAACAAUACCGAGUUCCGGGGCGCUUCUACCUGGACCCAUAAGUUAAAAUUCAGAGACAGAUUUAAUAAGUACUCGUGCGAAUACAGAAGACAACUGUUCAAGUGUUUCGCCAAUAUAAAUAAUUUAUUAUGGCGGAUCAUGUUCCUCCCGGAGUUUCCCGACAAGAAGUUCCGCGAGAUAUUCUUUUCGUAUUUGUACGCGACGUCAGACGACCUGAUGCUGAUGCGACCGUACAGCACGUUCGAGACGAACGACCGCAAGGAGCGGCUCAUGAGCCGGCGCAUGAUCUGCCUGCCCGACGGCUACGAGCCGCCGCAGUGACGCGCACGCGCCGCGCCGUGCGGCCCGCUCAACUAGAGCCGGAGGAAAUUCGUUUGGACUCAAAAUAUGAACACAUUUUGAAUACUUUA